AUGACACAGUCUUCUACGCCUCGUAUUAAGUCAUUUUCAGAGAAGCUGGGAAUGGCACCCACAGCUACUAAUCCUUCCACGCCGAGCAUCUACCGGUUCGGACCUAACCGACACCAACCUGCGCUAAACGCAUUCACCAGGAUUCGAAUCCCUGACCGGAGGUUCACUAUAGGCUGUCCCGCUGGUUCGUUCGCCAGAGCAGCAGAGAUUCCCGAGGCGGAGAGCGCGAACGUGCGACUCGAUUCGAACUUCGACGGCAAGCCAGUACUCGCGGCUGUUACGGAGGCUCGAUUGUGUACAGAUGGAAGAGAGGAGGGAGAAAGUGAGGUAGGAGAGUCAGAGAAGAGCGAGAGUAGGGCGGGAAGGGAGAAGGUGGAUGGCAGAGGAGAGCGUACGAGGCGUGAUAGGAGAGCAAGAGAAUUGGAGGGGAAGGUUGAGGGAGGCGGGAGGAACCAUCGAAGGAGGAGAGGAUGCGAGGGAACGGAGAAGGAGAAAAAGGCAGUGGCUGUGAUUGCUAGAGUGUUGAAGGAGAAAUUUGGGCCUCAGAUUGUGAGAGAGGAGUGGGAGGAGGGGUUUACAGAUGAAAUGAUUACAGAUGAGGAGGAGGCUAAGGGACGACACGAAGAGGAAGAGGAGGGGGAUGGGGAUGAGGAAACAGAGGGCGCAGAAGCUGAGGGCGACGAGGAUCAGGAAUGUAAGGAGGGGGAAGACGCAGAUGCAGAAGCGAGUGAGGAGAACGAACCACCCACAACAUCUCCUCCCACACGCCCUUCUCCUCCACGCAACAGCCCUCGGGUCGUUUCCCCCUCCUCCCUCCUCUCCCUCUACCGCUUCUUCUCCUCCCACCUCGGCAUCUCCUCCCCUUCCACCGUCGCUUCCCUCCUCGGCGUUUGCCCUGAGCUCCUUCGUUCUGAUCCCACCAACGACCUUCUGCUACGUGUCCACCUCCUCCAGUCGUAUGGGGUAUCCCAUUCUGACAUCUCAGCCAUCACCAUGAGAAGCCCUUCCUGGCUCCGAUGCUCCCUUCCGCAGAUUCAGAAAAUGCUUGACUUUCUCUUGGCUCGGGGCAUACCUCGAACCAAGCUAGGUGCGGUGCUUCGAAGGUCUCCAUAUCUCAUUCGCGCACGAGCUCGUUCAACGAACCUGGACAUAUUGGUGGAGAAAGCAGGGGUUCCUGUGGACAAGCUGGGUGUGAUUAUAGAGAGAUGCCCCGAUAUUCUAUUCGUGAGUGAGGAAGUCAUAAGAAGUCGCCUCGAGCUACUAUCAGCGUAUUUUACCAAUGGCUGCGAAGGAGGAAACGUCAGCAGCGAGCACCCGAGGCAACACCUGAAUAGGCAGGGCAAGGACAAAAAUCACCUGAGGAAACUCCUGGUGAAAUUUCCAGCUAUCCUCCUCAAGGCUCACAGGCACUUCCCUGCCAUUUUCAGCCUCCUCCAGUCCUUCACUCCCCCUGACAGCCCUUCCGUUGCCAUCCCGAUUCUCCGCCAAGCCCCCCAUCUCCUCUGCCUCAGCUCUCAGAAUGUUUUAGCUAAGCUCCAGUACUUAGUGGAGCUCGUGGGGAAGAACGCAACAGCGAGUGUGGUGCGCAGCCAUGCGUCGGUUCUUCUUCUAUCCAUAGAAAACAUGCAAGGCAAGAUGGCAUUGUUGGACGAUCUGAUCGGUCGAGGGAACGCCGUGCUUGCAGUGGCUCGGUUUCCUUUGCUGCUGGCAUCCAAUGGGGAGAACCUUAAGAAGGGUUUCGGGGAACUUGUGCGAGAAGUGGAAGCGGCAAUGGAGGAGAGUGGAGGAGAGGAGAAUGGGAGGCAUAUGCUCGAGGAAGGUGCACGGAAGCUUGUGCGAGAAGUGGAGGAGGCAUUGGAGGGUCGUGAAGAUGGUGGGUUUGCAAGAGAAAGCCGGACUCCUGAAGCGCCUCAUAUGGAAGCAAGAGAAUGUGCGGCGCAAGGGGGAAGCGAUGCUGGCUGUCAAGCAGGGUCCAAGGCCUGGGCUGAAGCAGGGGCAGAAGAAGGACCAGGUUCUAAGAGCAUUGCUGGCACCACAGCUCGUGAGGUGGUGGUGAAUCUGGUGGUUAAAGACCCGACAUCUAUCUGCUACAGUUGGGAGGGGAACACAAGGUACAAGAUUGAAUACUUGAAGCGGGACAUGGGGCUCUCUAUUAAGGAGAUAAUGAUAGAGGAGGAGGAGGAGGGGGGGUCAGCAAACGGAAGGAUUACGGAUGAGGAGGAGGCUAAGGAACGACAAGAAGAGGAAGAGGUGGGGUAUGGGGAUGAGGAAACAGAGGGCUCAGAAGUUGAGGAAGAGGAUGAGGAAUGGAAGGAGGGGGAAGACACAGAAGCAGAGGCAGGAGCGAGUGAUGAGGACGGAACACCCGCCACAUCUCCUCCCACGCCCCCUUCUCUACUCAAGAGGCGGCGGGUCGUAUCUCCCUCCUCCCUCCUCUCCCUCUACCGCUUCUUCUCCUCCCACCUCGGCAUCUCCUCCCCUUCCACUAUCGCCUCCCUCCUCACCUAUCGCCCUGCGCUCCUUCGUUCUGAUCCCACCAACGACCUUCUGCCACGUGUCAACCUCCUCCAGUCGUCUCCCGAGCGCAUUGCAAUCAUCCUCAGCCUCCUCCAGUCCUUCACUCCCCCUGGCAGCCCCUCCAUUGCUAUCCCUGUUCUUUGCCGGGCCCCCACUCUCAUGUCCCGCACCUCACAGAAUCUCUUAGCUAAGCUCCAGUACUUAGAGGAACUGGUGGGGAAGAAGGCAGCAGCGAGUGCGGUGCGCAGCCAUUCGGGGGUUCUUCGUCUAUCAGUAGAGAACAUGCAAGGCAAGGUGGCGUUGUUGGGCGAUCUGAUUGGGCAAGAGAACGCUGUGCUUGCAGUGGCACAGUAUCCUUCGAUGCUGGCGAUUAACGAAGAGAACCUUACAAGGGGUUUUAGCGAGCUUGUGCGAGAAGUGGAAGAGGCUCUGGAGGAGAGUGGAGGAGAGGAGAGUGGGAGGCAAAUGCUCGAGGAAGGUGCACGGAUGCUUGUGCGAGAAGUGGGAGAGGCAUUGGAGGGUGGCGGAGCUGAUGGGUUUGCACGAGAAAGUUUGCCUGUUGAAGAGCCUGAAAAGGAUGCAAGAAAGCGUGUGAAGCAAGGGGAGAGUGGUGCAGAAGCAAGAGCAGGAGAAAGACGAGGUUUUAAGGGCACUGCUGGUGCCACCGCAGCUCGGGGAGGGCACUUGGAAGGCAUUUUUGUUGGGAGGAGGGGGGCAGAAGAGAAGCAAGCAGCAGGGGAGGAUGUGGAUGGGAAAGAUGAGUUUGGGGUUAGGAAGCCUGAGGAUCAAACUUCCUUGGAAAUUUCGCAAGACAGCUAUGCUGCGUUGGGGGUGGAAGGGGCUGUGGCUGUGGGCCGUUUAUCCCAGCGAGGUGAAGACUGGCAGCGGGGAAGGAAGGCGGUGUGCUUGAGUCAGUUUCUUGUGUGCACAGACCAAGAGUUUGAGAAGCGAUUCCAGUUUGAGCUUGCACGGAAGGCGGUGUGCUUGAGUCAGUUUCUUGUGUGCACAGACCAAGAGUUUGAGAAGCGAUUCCAGUUUGAGCUUGCACGGAAGGCGGUGUGCUUGACUAAGCCUGGCACCCUGGCUUCCCCUACCCUACCAUACCUCUGCAAUCCUCCCUCUCUGUAA